CCCCGCCCCACCCUCGGCGGACAGGCAGGCCCAGGCGCCGCUCGCUUCUGUCCGCCUCGUCCGGCCUCUUCCCUCUGCCUUCUCCGGCGGCGUCUCCUUCGCGCGGGCGGAGUGAGACUCGGAGCAGCUCCCAUGGGGAAGAAGUCGCGGGCGGCGCCAGCGGGGCGCAGGCCUAUCCUCCAGCUGUCGCCGCCUGGGCCUCGCGGAGGCCGGGAAGAAGCGGCACCGGGCGAUGGGGACUCGGCGUCGGAAGCGGGUGAGGGCGCAGGCAGGCAGGCCGCGCGGCCUAGGCGCUUGGCGGGGGGCUUCCGCUGAAAGAGAUACUUGGCCUUGUGACGCUCAAUGGGGCGCUUCUCCACCGCGAGAGCACAGGGUUUUUUUGGGGGGGGGCGUUUAAGGGUUUGUUUAUAUGGCCGCCUCCCAGCCCCCCUCCCACCCCCGGCGCCUUCGCCGCAGUAGUUUGGUCCCUGUGGUUGAUCGUGUCACCCGGGUGUGUCCGGCUUCUGGCCCCGUUCCUUGCACUGGCGCAUCGUUUCCACUAUGUCAACACCAUUAUCCUAGUCCUCGUUGUUUAUCUUACGAGGUUCCCAAGGGCUCUUUCAAAUUCAUAAUCUCGGUCGCCCUUCCCACUACUGGAUGACCUGGGCCGUUGCUUUUGCCCAUUUUGCAGACGGGAAGCCUGAGGCUGGGAGAUCCUAACUUGUUCCUGGCCUCCUAGUCAGUUUGGGUUUGUUGGUACUCGCUGUGCUUCCUCAGACCCCCCCCCUUUUCCCGGGCUCUUGUUCUUCGAUAUGUUUAGCUUAAUUCUAUUGUCCUUUUAAUCUAGUUAGCAAAAGCAGUGUAAAGAAAUAAAGCUGAAAUCCUGUGCGGGCUUUCUUGGGAGUUAUCAUCAUUGAGCACAAUGGAAUUAAACUUCCAUGUAAAUUCCCAUCCCAUAGGAUUCUGCUGUCUUUCUAGUCAUGACCCUCUUGCUCUCCAAGGUUUUGAUUGCUCUAUCCUGUACACAAAAUACACAUAUAGAUGCUUCCUUUUUUACUCUUGAUCCAGCCUGUGCCUGUGGGAUUAGCCUACCGAACAGGAGACACAAUGUUUCUGAGUUCCUGUUCAGUCUGCUGUUCUACCUAGACUGUUUGCACAUCAAUCUCUGAUUUUUGUCGUCUGAGUUUCUGGGGUUUUUCCUGUUGUUAUUCUGUCUCUCACAGCCACCAUAAACCUACCAUUAAAAUUAUGAACUGGUCAUUUCUUUGUCAGAGGGUGUGGGCAAAUUUAGCAGGGGAUCAAAUACUUUCCCCCCUCACUGUUUGACAAAAGCAUCUGGGAAGUAAUUAGAGGCUGCCUCAGGGAAAACCCUCUGCUGGGCUGUCAUUCCCCACACUUCUGAGGGUAGCAGAACUUCCAAGAGAGCCCCCUUUGCUGAUCUUAGUACCCACGAUAGUCUGUUGGGAAGCUGUCUUUCAGGUAUUUGGGGCCUAAGUCACUUAGGGCUUUAAACAGCAAUGUGAGAAGAAUGUUUUGCAGCAGCAGUCCACAGAGAGUAGCUGCUAUGGCUAUGCAAACAAUGCUGGGAGGAACUGAUAAUAUAUUUUCACAAGUGCGAAAGCCUAUCUGAAAACUGUUUUAAGAUUUUCCCAGGUGCAUUUAAGAAUGGUUUUUAUUAUUUAUUUACUCUGUUUCAUACCCUGCAAUUUUUAGCCCUGAAGGCUUUUCAGGCAGCUUAUAAAGCACCAAAAAAUAAAGCAGUGGACAACUGUAAAAUUCCAUAAAAUACUUAGCAGAAAAAUACAUUACAGUAUAAAAACAGUAUAGCAUCACUAUCCAAAAAGCUUAAUAAAGAACCAGGUUUUCACUGCCUCUCUCAAUGGUUUUCCUGAGGUGGGAAUUCCAAAUGAUUGUGUUGAGCUCAAAAGGCCUUGUAAAUUCUUGCUGAUUUAUUUGCUGUAGCCUUUCUCUGAUACUGAUUUUAUUUAUCUGUCUGUAAAGGUAUUCCCAACCUAGCAGUUCGAAAGCACAUCAAAGUGCAAGUAGAUAAAUAGGUACCGCUCUGGCGGGAAGGUAAACGGCGUUUCUGUGUGCUGCCCUGGUUCGCCAGAAGCGGCUUGGUCAUGCUGGCCACCGGCUCCCUCGGCCAAUAAAGUGAGAUGAGCGCCGCAACCCCAGAGUCAGUCACGACUGGACCUAAUGGUCAGGGGUCCCUUUACUUUACCUUUUUUUAAGGGUAUUUAUAAACUAGUAACUCAUAAGAAAAAUGUCAAGUUGAUUGUGUUACAGGCUAUCCCCAGCUAAUGGGGUCCAGGAGGAAGGACGUGCUGUUUUGUAGGGUGGUGGUAAGGGGAUGAAUUAGAGAUGAAUAGAAUCAGAUGAGUGAUUUUGUACUGUAGUAGCACAUUUAAGGUCAGGCACAAUAAUUAAAACAGUGUGGAAUUUGUGUCUUCUCACUUGUAACAGCACAGGAAUUACCCAGGUGGAAUGUCUUAACACUCAGGCAACCACAUUCUACAUAGCGUUCAGUAACAAUGAUUACUCUAACUGGGGGCAAAGGUUGUGCUUUCCCACAACAAAGUGUUAUGACACAAGUGCUAUGGAAAUCAGAGAAGGUGACUAGAUGUCAUGCAGCUGUUUAUAUAUUGCACAGUAAAAUGAAUCUUCUGGCAAGUUGCUAAGAAAUUAUUAGAAUGGUGUAAAGAUGCCUCUACCAAAAAUGAUGUUAUGAUUGUAAUUGGCCAAAACUGAAGAUAUAGUUAGUUUUACUCUUUCUAGCAGCAUGCUGCUGUUUCUAAAACUGAUUAAAAACAAUAGAAAGCUAAUUAGCAUAGGGACUUGUGCCCUAAAUAGAGAGUUUCCCUAUAUCUAUAUCUAUAUCUAUAUCUAUAUCUAUAUCUGUAUCUCAUUCCAGUGUGUUUUAAGUAUUUUUUUCCCUAUCCCCUGGGAUUGCUAGUUAAAUAUGUAUGCUAAUUAAGUUAUAUACCGUUUUACUCUCUUUAAGUGUUGCUUUUGUUUUUGUUAUGGUAGAAUUUUUGCUAUUUCUUCAAAUUAUGGCCAAUAUCUAAUGGUGUUAUAUUUACUGUCAUAUGUUUCUGCUGUAGAACUGAAUUUUUGAACUUUACCGAUUUAAUGCUGUUAGCCAUUUUUAGGGGUUUGUUUUGAAUUGAAAAAUACAAGUGGGGACCCACAACAACUAGUGUAGUGCUUUAUUCAGUCCAAUAAACAAAUUGCUGGUUUAAAGCUUUUUAAAUUAGUUAAUGAAUUUGUAGGAGGGAACUUUAAUUGCUGGACCUGUGAGUUAAAAGUAGGUGUUCAUUUUUGGAGCUUUUUUGAUUCACAAAUGUUAUAGUAAUAGAAAAUUAAAAAUAAAGUGUUAAGGAUGGCCUUUCUAAGAAUGGUUGUAUUCAGAUGAUCAUAUCUUAAUUUAGUGAGCUGAGAUAUGAAGAGAGCUUUUGCCCACUCAUGUGACCCUUUUUCUCCUCUCUUCAUGGUAUGAGCAAACCAAGAAGGCAUCAACUAUAGUUCCCAAUUUCAUCUGUUUCUUUGCAUUUGAUUUUUCCAGACGAAUUUGAAGUGACUGAAGAGGCUCCAAGGACAGCCCCAAACCCGCCUCAAGCUAGCAUGCCUCUUGGGCCUGUAGCUGUCAAACCAACAGGUAGCACCUUUCUCAAUUUCCCUUUUAGUACUAACUUAAUCUGCAGUUACAAAGUAUAUGCAGUAUAUGCAGUUACAAAGUUAUUGGUAUACAGUGGAUGUGUACCAAUCUUAAGAACAAUGUGAAAGCAACAAACAAAUCCUUGUGAGAGAAGGAUGCUGUCAUGGACUGGCUGGAUUCAGAGGAGUAGUCAGAGGCACCAGCUUGGGAACCCCCAAGGGAAGAAGGUUCAGAACCUUCUUGGUGGUGGGACGAUGAUGAGUGGUCCGAGGGAGAAGAGGGAGCAGACUGAGAGGAGGAGGUGUUGGAAGAUGAAGAGGCAGCAGGGUUUAGUGAGCAAGAAGAGGCUGUGGCAGAGCGCAGUUCAGACUCAGAUAGGAGAGGAGGGGGACCAGAAGAUAGAGAUGAGGCAGGCUGCUGAAGAAUGCAGGCAGUUUUCCCUGCCUGCUGCAAGCAGCUCCCUUCCCCCUUGGUCUCCCAGAACAUGCAGAGAAAUUAAGAGAGCAGAGCAACAAGAGACAAGAUGAUGAAGCUUUAGGCUGCUGGGGAAGGAAGGGGAGGGGAACCUUAGAGAGCAGUGGGAAGACAGAUCCUCAAUCCUUGCAACUGCUUCAUUGGGGUAAGACCUACUGGGAAGGGUAGCUGUGACCACCAGGACUGAACUGUUUUGUUUCUUUGAAUAGAGUUGACUUCACUGACAUCAUUUGCUAUAUUCAAUGACAUCAUUUGCUAUAUUGUUUUAUUGUUGACCUCUGCCUGACUCCAGCUCCUGACAGAUGCCUUUAGUGUUGUUUAUUAACAGACGUUUUGUCUUGUGUUUUACCUUAGAAAUAUCAGGGGUACUUUACUGUGGCUUUUUAGAGGUGGCUGAUUGGAUUUAGAGAUUAUAGAAGGUUGUAAACAUUAAUAAUUUUGGCCUCAAUGCCAUUUUUAAUAUGGAAAAAAACCCUCAGUCUAUUUAUGUUUGACUGAACUUGUCAUUUCAGGACUAUGGGACUACUGCCUGCUUUUUCAGAUUUUUUCAUGCAACCAUUCCUUGAAAAUUAGGGCAGAUAAGCUGUUUAUUCUUACAGGAAAAACCUGGAAAGCAUCUUUCCAGUGUUUAUUUCACAUACUAGUGAUAAAGCAAAGACAACAGGACUGUCUUUUGUGGAUAAAAAAGAAUUUUGACAUUAGUGCAAGGCACUCUGAUGCCUCUGACAGAUAAUUUAUUCUGUGCAGUGAUGUGAGUCUCGGGAAAGCAACACUAGUGCCAGUGUCUGUAAGACUGGUUGUAUCCAACAUUGCUGUUCAGUAGCACAGCUGACUUCCACUUGCACAAUGAAACUUUCUCCUCCUAUCCCCUGCAGCCCCCUGCACAUCCUCAAAAAUUGGAGGAAUCUCUGGAGCAAAUUUUCAGGUCUUCUUGGCCUUUUGGCUAAGAUCAAAUGUAGGUUGUUUUAAUACAUUAUCUCAGUUAUGGUCACAUUGACUUUCUGUUCUAGGUGGCUUAUGUUUACUUGGCGCUUAUGAAGACAGCGAUGAAGAAGACAGUGAGAUGUCUGAGAAACCAGCACAGUCUACAGAUGCAAAUGGCAAUAAUUCAACAGACAUUGACAGUACCCUGGCCAACUUCCUAGCGGUUAGUAGGAAUUGUGUUUUGGUUCAUUAAAUAAUUAAUCCUGUUGUUUCAACUUGGGUAGAACAUACAGAUAUUCACAGCAAUGCAUUACAGUUUCUAUGAAAGGGUGUACAACCUUAGACUGAUGGAGAGAUGUUUUAAAUCUUUGAUGUAUGGGUUGAGCAAUUUCUCUUUCUACGUUAUUACCAAAUAUUUAAAUGCUCUUAAUUUUUUGAGUCAAAUGAUGUCCUGUUUUAUCUUAUUUGUAUUUUUAAAGGAAAUAGAUGCAAUUACAGCACCUUCACAGCCUGCUGAGAACACUGUUCCCUCCACUGCUCCACCUCCAACUCCUCCACGCCCAGAACCCAAGGAGUCUGCUUCCAGUCUAGUUUUGGCAACUGCAAAUGGAACAGACCAGGUGGCUGAGUGGCAAUAUGACACUCAGUGCUCCUUGUCAGGAGGUGAGCUCCAUGUAAUAGCCUGUGCUGCUACACAAGCUUGUAUACUAGAGGCAUUGCAAGCGUUGAUAAUCCAUGAAUUACCAUGUCUUUUCUAACUGAAAGCAAUUUGGUUGAGGUGAAAAGAUGAAAGUUGGGAGCCCUUUCCAGCUAAUCUGCCCAGGUCUAUGCCUUCAAAGGAUUAUUAAAGGCAGCUGGUGAAUGUUGGGUGGGAUAACAAUUGAGAGUGAUCAGAGAGGAUAUAAUUGCAAUCUUCUCUAGGUAUAGAGCAAAGCUGAGGAUACUCAGAUUGGAGAGGAUGCUCACUGAAGUCUUGCUUUCUUCCUAUAGUUGGAGUGGAGAUGGGAGACUGGCAAGAAGUUUGGGAUGAAAACACAGGCUGCUAUUAUUACUGGAAUACUCAGACUAACGAGGUUACCUGGGAGCUGCCCCAGUACCUUGCAACACAAGUUCAGGGCAUCCAGCAUUACCAGCCCAGGUAAGAAUGGCACAGAAGAGGAGAGUGAAUUGGUGCUUCUUGAGUUUCCCUUGCUGAUUUGCUUUUCUCUUAGUUCUGUGACAGAUGCUGAAGAAAACUGCCAAGUGGCUGCAGACCUAAGCUCCCAGGGAAAAGGUGGUGGUGCUACAGCUGCUAGCAGUGCUGGACGUAGGGCAACUCUUGUGAAGCGUGAAUUGAAGAAGGUUAGUAUUUGCCUGACUGGCUUAAAAUAGUUGUUGUUUAAUGGAAAUUUAAGAGAAGAAAAAACAGCAACCCCACUUUUCUCUAUUAUAUUUGCACUGUGUAGGCAUCUGAUUUAUUUUUCCAGAUGGCAAGAUAGCAAGAAUUAACUGCAUGCACUUUAGAGCAAGAACUCCUGUGCAGAGCAUGUUCACAGCAUAAGUCAUAUUAUCAGGGUUUUAUAAAUAAAUUAUAGACAGAUCUGUCUUGUUGCAUAUGGAUAAUUCAAGAGAGUCAUAAAAGGAUGGGAGGCAUUGGAUAGCUCAGUGGAAGAGCACAGCGUUUGCAUGUAUAAGUUCCUCGAUUAGUUUCUGGCAUUUCUGUUUAAAAGGAUUUCAAUUACUAAGUCUGGAAAAUAAGACUUUUAUUCUCUGAGUAAUUCUCAUCAUCUCAUUGGAAGCUCUGAUUCCAGGGCCUUUGUUAAAUGCUGGGCACACACACUAGCAAACUUUGCAGAAUGAGAACUAGAAACUUGUUUUUUUUUAAGUAGGUUAUUCGUGUUCUCUAUGACUGACUACAGGAAGGUAAUGAUUUGGUGCAAAAUCAUAUUGCCUUCACAGGAAGUGAAUGAAGGUAUUCAGGCCCUUUCAAGUAAUGAAGAAGAGAAAAAGGGAGUGGCUGCAUCACUGCUGGCUCCACUACUUCCUGAGGUGGUGAAGGAGGAAGAGGAACGCUGGAGGCGGAAGGUUAUCUGUAAGGAGGAGGUGGAUCCAUUGGUGGAAGAUGAUGUGGCACCAGAGCAAGUAGCAGCUGUUGCUGAUCAGCAGCUGGAAGGCAACCGAGAUAUUGGGGAAGACCCUUCUCAGGAGGACCUAUGUAGUGUGGUGCAAUCAGGGGAGAGUGCAGAGGAGGAAGAGGAGCAGGAUACUCUUGAGCUAGAGAUGGUAUUGGAGAGGAAGAAGGUAAGUCAUUUGCAGUGAAGUUGUGGGAACUCUUCUAUGAGCCAUUUGCCUCUCUCUGCUGUCGAUUUGAUAAUUGGUCCACCACUGAAACUUUACUGAGGGCUAUGCAGGAUUUUUUUAAACAAAUCAGUGAAAAGAUGCAGAAAUUUUGAGAACAGCAGAGGGCAAGGCAAGUUGUUUCCUUCAUCCCUCAUUAUGUUGCAAACAACAAUCAUUAGCUGUCUUAAGGAGGUGUUGCUUUCUCUAGUCACAAAAUACUGUACUGUGGUUUGAGUAGUGUAACACUUUGAGAAGACUUUUUUUAUAUUGUGUGUCCCCCCCCUUCCAAGGUAGUGUCUGGCCUGCCAUUGGUCUUUAAUUUUGAUUGAUCAGUUGUAGUUAUAUACCACCUUUCUGCCAAAGCAUUCAAAGAAGUUUAUAGUUUUAAAAUACUUAAACAAAUGAAUUCUAUAAAAUAUAAAGUUGGUCCUGUGGUGGGGAGUGGACAGCUCGACUGGAAUAGGCCCUGAUCCUAUCUUUGCUUGCCUGCCUCCUCAACUUGAUUCUUCCUUUUCAAUAUAUGAUGGUUUAAGAAGUGUGCACAAGUAGCAAUCCUACAUCUGAAACCUCUUAAAACUCUACAAGCAGCCUGAGUUUGUCUCUAAUCAGGUGCAGGCGGAACCUUUGCAUUUAACAGGAUAACUUCAUGAAAAAGAUAAAUGUCUUAUUUUUCUGCAAUGUUGAAACCUACUGCCUCUGAAGUAAUCUCCGUCCAGAGAAGUUGUACUAGCUGUGUAAAAUAAAAGGGGGAGAAUGGACAUGUAGACAAAUGCAGAGGAAUAGGAAGAGAAACAAAUAAGUUGUUCCCCAGCACUGAAAUAAUGUUUUGCCUUAUAGGCAGAGCUACGUGCUUUAGAAGAAGGUGAUGGGAGUAUUUCGGGUUCCAGUCCACUUUCUGAUGGAAGUCAGUCAGAGUUAGCACGACGGUUGCUACCCAAGCAAGGAAAAUGGAAGCUCUUUGGGGUUGCCAGCCCAGAAUCCACCAGCCGAGGGUCUAGCAAGACAGGUCAAGAGAGUCCUGAACCUGGACAAGCAGGUAAGAGUCUCCUGCUUAGGACCCUUUUUGGCUCUUCAGUUAUAUCUCGUGCUACUAAGGAGGGAAACUAUUGGUGGAAUUUAGCAUUGCACUAUUAUGAACAUUCUGUCUGUGCAACCAUUUCAGCUUGUCAGAUGGAACAAUCCCUCCUCUCCUCCGCCUGUGUGCUGUUUGGCACGUUCUCCAGACCUCCGCCCCUGAGCCAAUUUGAAAGGACAGGGGGAAACCUUGUUGCAUAAGCAGAAACCCUUGCCCAGAGCUUCUGCUGAUGGGCUCCUUAGGUGAAUCCCACCCUUAAGUUUUUAAAGUGGGUAUUAGCUGUGUCUCCCCAAGAUUGAGGUAGGAAGAUAUUGGUCACGCCAGUAAUUCCAAUCCAGUGUCUGAAAUGGUCUCCUCUUGUGUUAAAGAAAAACGUAAUACAACAUAGUAGGUGGAAAAGGCAGGAUUCUCCUCCCCACCCUUCCCCAAGUAAGUUGCCUAUCCUUCUUCUUACCUGCCAGUCCACUGUAAAAGGGAAGAUAUACUGGACACUAAAUGGAGAAUGACUUACAAACACUCCCCACCCCCUCUUGUUUUCUGUUCAGCGGUGAAAGAAGAACCAGAAGUGGCUGAGCAGAACUCGGACAAUGAGCCAGACACAGAGGAAUUGCAAGACAAAGUGAAAACACAAGGGACUUUCAAAGCAGAAGAUGAGGAGCAGGACUUAAAGGUAUGUGGGUUUAUGGUUCUGCUGUGAAACCUAAGCAAUAUUACUUGAGGCAGUUCACACAGUUCCAAAUGUCUUCAAAUUGAGUUGGCUUUUUUCUCCUUUUUACUUUAUCUUUUCUUCAGUCAGUUGAAAUUGCCACACAUGAUUUCCAUGGCAUGAUUAGGUGCUGCUGUACUGAUUGGAGAUACCUAAAGUCUGCAAUUGAUGAUUGACUGUCUGGAAUCUGAGUGCACAAUGAAUGUGUACACAUGAAGUUUGUAGUUCAACUCAUUUUGAAACUGCCACCCUUCAUGUGGGUUAUAUUGGCCUUUAGAUCCCUAUCAGUACUUAACCUUGACUGGGAGACUUCAAAGCUGUGUAGCUUUAUUGUGCAGAGUAGUUUUGAAAUUCUUCUAGGUUAUUGUUCCGUAGGGGUGCUUCUGAUACUGCUUUUUAGUGACGUGUGUCAGGUAUUAGUAGCAAAUAAUGUAUUUCUUGAUGGGAAUUAGGAAGAUGUGGCACUUAAAUGCAGUUGUUAAUGUCUGUCAGAAAUACUUAGUUGGAAAUAACAUUCAGCCAUUAUGUUCUUUGUGUGUUCCCUGUACCUAUUAUCCCUGUAUUAAGUGUUGCUGUUUAGAAGAUGUUGGCACUGGGAAAUGGGACAGUCUCUUCUUGUGUGAGAAUAAAUUGAAAAUAGUUGCAUUAGCCAUAUGGAUUAUCCAUGUGUAACACCCGAGUUAAAAGUAGAGAAAAUAUUAGAUAGCCUCAACGUAUUCCUGCGAAAUGGCUGCUAAUGCUGUGGGCAGAGCAUACUUUCAGAAUUUGGCACAAUUUUUUGCCAAUUGUAAGUUACUGGUCAGAUCACACCUCUUUUUGUUAAAACAGAUGGUGUCUUGUACACUUCAGCAUUGCAAUUGCCUUGUGCAUUGUGACUAGCACAAAAUUAUUGACCCCUUGCUUGCUUUACUUCUGGCAGUUUCAGAUUGGAGAGCUGGCCAACAUGUUGAUAAGCAAGCUGGAGUUCUUGGGCAUCAGUAGACAAUCCAUCUCUAACUUCCACAUGCUACUGUUGCAGACUGAGGUAACGAAAGUUUACCUUUUAUUGAAAAUUAAUCAUAGGGAGCCAAACAACUGGCAGCAUUGCAGUGUGAUAGGAAUCUAGGAAGUUUUAAGUAUUAUGGCAUGGAUAACAGGCUUCCUCUCCCUCGUUCCUUCCCGCUCCCUCCCCCUUGGCCCUCAAGCAGAAUGCUUUAGUCCAGUAACGUAUCUGAGGUUUUCUUGAUCUAUAUGUAGUUCUCAUCAUGUUCUCUGUCAUUAGUGCUGACUCUUGUAUUAGUGCUACUAACAUUGGGUGAGAUUCAUCUAACCAGUCUGAUUUUUCCUUGUGCAACUGGGCUUCCCAGCCCUCUCGCUUGCAUGCCCCCUGUGCCCUCCAAAAUUGGCACAGGAGGGUAAGUAGAACCCACAGAACAGCAUACAUUGGGUUAGGAGAGGAGGAGAUGGUUCUAUCUGGCAAGCUGUCAUGUGUGUGCAAACACAACAACUGACAUUGAAUUCCACCCACUGUGUAGAACUGCAAAGUUAAGUGGAAAGUGAUGUGCAUGAGACCAAUUGUCUCUACAGGUUUUUCAUUAUUUUUCCUUGCCUGCUUGGUAUAGACCCGUAUUGCAGACUGGCGGGAAGGAGCUCUCCAAGGAAACUACCUCAAACGCAAAUUGCAAGAUGCAGCUGAACAGCUAAAACAGUAUGAAAUAAACGCCGCCCCUAAAGGCUGGUCCUGCCACUGGGACAGGUACGCACUCUUCUCCCCUUUUCACCUUUCACCUUUGACAUCUCAGACAUGAUUUGUGACCAUCACCACCUGCCGACGUGCCGUCAUCUGUCUGGAGACUGAGAGCAGCUGCACUUAGCGGUGCUGAGCGGGCAGAGAGCCUCUGGCACAUACAGAGUUUCAGCCAGCCACAAAAAUUGGAGAAAUAUAAAGUCUGUGUUAAGUGUGUUGAAAUGGAUUUGAUUCCGCGAUUGGACAGAGCUGGUGUUUACUCUUGAGUGUAAAUGCGCAAAGGAGGGCGGGCUUGGGGGGUCGCGCAUGCGAGAGCUCUGUGCACAUUGCAGGAUCUCAGGAACUCCGCUCCCAAGUAACGCCUGUGUCCUUAUGGAAAGCUCCCUCACUGAGGAUCUCAACGAAGAACAAGAUAACUGUCUCCUGCCAGCAGGUCAGACCAAACUAUUUCUUCUUAUAUUUGGCUUUCUUGAUUCUUUUUGUUUAUUUGAAAUCUUUGCUCUUUUGUUUUUCAGCUCCCAGAUCCUCUCCCUCUCAGUAGCAAUUCACUAUGUCUGACACCAAGAGUAUCAUAAAUGUGACUGCAGCAGUCCAUGGGGGAGCAGCCAUCUUUCAUAAAUUGGGCUGUUUCUCUUUUUGCUAUUCUGGAAGGAAAUGAAUCCUGAGACUACCUAAAAAGUCUAUUUCCUAAUGCAUCCUUGAACCUUUAAUUGCACACCAGCCACAAGCUGCUUCAAUAACCCUCUACUUUUAGAGUGGAGGGUCAGGGCUGUGAUCACAGAGCCAGCAGCACAAACAGUUUGGAGUAAGCCCAUCUUGCAAAUCCUUCCUCAAAGCUGUUUGUUGCCUUUGUGAACAGCAGUCCUACUGUAAGAGGUUCUUCCUGUGAGAGCACUCCGCUGUCGCGGGAGAGGACUAUAUCAUUGUGUCAGUGCAGGGGCGAGAGCAUAAAACCUUGUUUUCUUUCUUGUGAUUUAGGGAUCAUAGACGCUAUUUCUAUGUUAACGAACAAUCAGGCGAAUCCCAAUGGGAGUUCCCAGAUGGGGAGGAGGAAGAGGAGGGGCAAAUCCUAGAGAAUAAAAUGGAAGCUCUUCCUAAACAAGGACUAAAGGAGAAAAUGGAGUCUGGUGCAGAAUCAUCUGAUAAUACUACAGGUACUGGACUUUGAGGGUUUGCAAAAAGAAAGUUAACCCAAUUUGGAAUAAUGUUUUUAAGAAGGUAGGCUCCUUGUUAUUACUUCUCGUAAGUUUAUUCAAUGACCAAAGGCAGUUGUUCAGAAAUCCGUCUUUGUAUUGCAGUAUUCAGCCAGGUGGAGAUGAACUGAAAUUAGUGCAUUACUUGCAAAACAGUUUUCUGUACUAGGAUGGGGAACCUGCUGGCCUCCAGGUGUUGAGUGCCCAUCAGCCACAGCUAACAAGCCCUGUGGUCCUGUGUUUAGCAAUAUCCAUAGUGCCACAAGUUCCUCACUCUCAUCUUUACCCACCUUUAGAGAUAUCACUGCCAAUUGUUAUGCAUGUGGUUCAUAUAGCAUACCUGCUAUGCCAUAUUGACAUGGGAAGUAUAAUUUCUUUCUGCUUAUAUUGUUUUUCCAAUUUGGUUUUUAAAAUUGGGGGCUGGUUAGUGUGAUCAUUAUAAUACUUUCCCAAUGAAGUUUUUCUUCUCUGAAAAGGAGCAGCAUAACAGUGGAAGGAAAGUUAUAAGAUGGGUGGAUAGUUCUUGCAGGUAUGGGGUAAUAAAAAAAACCUACAUGAUGUUCUUUCUUUUUUUUCAUUUUUAGGGUAUCUUCUUAAAGAGCCUCUUUCUAGUCAAACUGCAGCUACCUCUCUUGUGCCUCUCAGUCCAUUUUGGACUGUGCUCCAGCCCUCUGUCCCUGUACUUCAGCCCCCUUUACCUUUGGAAAUGCCACCCCCUCCACCACCCCCUCCAGAGUCACCCCCUCCGCCACCGCCACCCCCUCCCCCACCAGGGGAAGAUGGGGAAAUACAGGAAGUAGAGAUGGAGGAUGAUGGAGAUGAGGAACCACCAGCACCAGGAACAGAGGAAGAUGCUGUACUGAAACCUCUUCUCCGACCAGCAGUUGCCAACAGCCAAGUAAGUUAGUGCAUAUGGACCCUCUAGCAGUUCUAUAAAAGCUAGUAUCAGGCAUGGAUUGUAUGCAGCUUUGACCUGUGAAUCUUCUGCAUUCUUGCAUUUUAUAUUGUAAAACUGUCCUGCCCUCUUUGCCGCCUGUAGCGUAAGCUUUCUGCUACAAUCUUCUAUAGCAGUCAGCAAAUGAAAAGUAGUUUGUUUCUGCCAUUCAAGUUUUGUGCCAAAGUCCCUUGUAAAACGUGUGUCAGAAAACGGAUUUGUGUGACCCAUAUACAAUAGGGAAAUACAUGCUGUGAUAGUGAUGUUGCAAAGUGAGAAGCCAACAGAAUGAUUUCAGAUAGAGGAAAUGAAUGUUGCUUUUUCACAAGAACUAAAAUUGCCCGUCAGAUAAUCUGCAGUGAUUUGAUUUGUUAGUGUAAAAGCUCCUACACAUCCAAGACAAUUUCCCUGAAACUACAUGGAAUUUUAUAAGAAAAGACAUGCAUGUUCCAAAAAUGUACAGAGACUAUUUAAAAGAACCAAACUAAUUGACAUCUGUCUGCUUCCAGGCCAACUCUGAGACCAACGUAUCUGCACCUCUCUCCACUAAAUCUCUUAAGAGAAAAGCUUCUGAAAUUAGUGCUGGACUGGUGCAACGAGCAGCAACCAUUGGAAGCUGUCCAGUGCUUUACGGGCAGUCAGUCAUAGGUGUGGGUGAGUAACAUCCACAUCCUUCUGCUUAGCUGCUUGAUAUCCCUGGAAAACUGUUUUGGAAAUAAUUUCCAUUUCCCUCCCUUUGUGUAUACAGGCCCUCAGACCCCAGGGGUGAGUUUGCAACAGAGUUUCCUCGGAGUAACGCAACCGGCACUCAUGAACUAUUCUGAGUGUAGUGUGCCUGUUGGUCUUUCUGCCAGCACCACACAGCCAGUUCCUACACAAGGAGCCGCUCCUGCCACUAGCACUACAGAACAGCUGUCGCCGCCUCCACCACCUCCUCCACUGUCCCCACCGCCACCCAAAACACUACCUCCAGAGAAGUCAAAAAAGCUUAGGAGAGCUGGCAAGGUGAGUACUUAAAUUUGUACUUCCUGUCGUCGUACAUGCCAAAAAUUGGACAAGCUUCAUAUAGGUUGAAAUGUGUAUUAUUUUACUCUGCUAGACUUUAGAACUGAUACAUCUUGUAUGACCGUAGGUACGGAAUGAGUAACUUGGCAGCUUCAAAACUAGAAGCUGUUGAGAUUUCAGAAACACAUGAGAGAAGGAGGUGCUCUUUUUAGGUCUUUGAGUCCACCAACUCCCCUGAGGCCUAAUCACCUUAGAGAUACCAAGCUGGUUCUGUUUGUUUUCUUGUUUGGGGGCCAUUGUGGAUUUUGUGCUGGGAUGUGUGCUCUGCUAGCCAGAACACUUUUUAUGAUCUACUCUAAUGUGAGAUCAAGCAAAAAGAAUGGGUAAAAUCAUCGUUUUCCUUCCUGUCUUGCCUACCUUAUCCCUAACGAGAGUGAGAUGAAGAAUUCAUGGAGGCCUAACUCUAGUCAUCAGGGUAACAUGCUAAAUAUUUCCCCGCAGAGGAAAAAAACCAAGACAAAGAUGCCCUCUCUUGUAAAGAAGUGGCAGAGCAUUCAGCGGGAACUGGAUGAGGAAGAAAACUCCAGCUCAAGUGAUGAGGAUCGGGACGUGAUCUCACAGAAGAGAAUUGAGGAAUGGAAACAGCAGCAGUUAAUCAGGUAUGAGAAAGACAGCAAGAUACGGUCUGAUAGCACCCCACUCCUUGCAUCGCCCAGUGUGAUUUGCUUUAGGUAAAUGAUUCCAGAUUUCUGUGCAGUGUGAACUGUCAGCCCAUGGUUGUUGGUUUAAAUGACUUGUGCCACUGCAGGGUUUAGGUUGGUCUAAUUAUAGCUGUUCCUUUUUAAAGGAAGAUUACAGAGUCUCGUCAUGUUUUCAGGGGCAUUGGGCAAAAUUGAAGAUGGGGAAUGUAACACAUACAGAACAGAAGUGGAUAUGGGGGUUUCAGUAGGCAAGCUUGUAGGCCUAAGUUCCAGAAGUCACAGCACAACCUUGGAGGAAACCUUGUAUGUGAGGCAGAAGAGAAAGAAAUGUUAUGUACUUGCAGCAUUCCUUUAAAGAGUUAGUUUCCUAUUGCAUAUGAAGUGAUUUAUUAAUUCUGUGACAUUCCUUAUAUGCAGAAUGGAUUUAAUGUGCUAUAUCAUACUAUAUUGAUAUAAUAGUGAAUGUGGGUGGUACGUAACACAUCCCAUCAUUGCAAGGAUUAAUGUUUGCACAACAGAACUCUCCUCUUCCUCCCUCCAUGUCCCUGCUAAAUCUGUUCUAGGGUUCACUCAACCCUCCAGAAAGAUUUGGGGAGGACAGGGACAGGGGGAGGAGAGGAGGAAACAUUUCCAUUGUACAAGCAUAAAUCUUUGCACUGGCAGGACAUGCUAGUUGGAUACAUGCUUUGUAAGUAGGUAUUGCGUAAACAUGAAAGCAGGUUCUUUGGGGAUCAGUUGCCUUCACAAAUGGGCACAGUCUGGAAAAUAUCAGAAAUCUUGAUUUCUUUAGUUCUCCCAUUGCUGACUGGCAAUCCUAAUGUUUUGUUCUUCACAGUGGUAUGGCAGAGAGAAAUGCAAAUUUUGAGGCUUUGCCUGAUGACUGGCGAUCUCGACUGAAGAGGCGGAAAGCUACUUCAAGCACAUGAGUCAACUUCGUUGUUAUUUUGUUUUUUAACCACACAUGUACAGUUCAGAAACUUUUACUGUUGGAUAAAUGUAACUUUUUGAGGAUACAUAUUUUUCAGUUGAACGACCUGACAGAGAAAUUGCGUGGACUUGUGAAUCCUUUUAGAGGUGUAUUUGGCAAAUAGGCUUAUGAAAUAAUGAAUAGGCUUGACCACUCCUGUCUUAAACUCCUCCUAAUCCCAGUUCACACAAAGGUGGAAUACCAUCAUGUCCAGUUCCUGGGUAGAGCUGGUACCAGAAUUUAUUAAUGCACUUUGUGGAGUUGGAAAUGGAACCUGCCAUUUUGACUCUUCCUUGCUAAGCCCAAAAGUGUUCUUCCAUUUCCUGGAAAUAUUUCUACAAGAUGAUGACCAUUUGCAGUUGGGUGUUACAGAACAUGCAAAUUAAAGAUGCACAUUCUUUUCACAACAGACACAGUUCUGCAUGAUUUGAACCCCUUGUUCCAUUCCUAAUGUUUGCCAGCACCUUGGUUUUGGUAGCAUUGCUCUUCUUGCUAGAUUUCAUAGAAUCAGUUCUUGUUUCUGUCCUAGAACCUGUAUCAGACUAGCUAUUUUUCCUGUAAUGUUACCCUAGAAUAUACUUUUGGUGCUGUAACAUGCUAAUAGUUUCAUUGGUGUGGCUAUAGUGAGGUGGGACAGAAAGCAAUUUUCAGCCUCCUCCACUGAGCACUUGAGCACUGACUGGUGGGUUGUUCCUAAUGCCUUCAUUGGUGGGCAAAGAGAGGUAGGGGUAGCUGGCUCAGCACUUAAGUCAGCAUGAGCCAGUCAGCAGCUGUGUGCCUGCACAUUGCUGCAUCAGCUGCUCCUGUCUCUGAAUGCUCACUGGUGAACGCAUGGGGUGGAUAUGUUCUUCCUUGCUCACUAUCCAGCACUGUUCCCCAUCUCAGUAGCUGCUGCUUGGUGGAUGUGUACUAGAAGCCAUUAGCAGUGAGGAGAGGGAAAAUUAGCAUUUCUCUGUUACUCAGUUCUGAGCCUCUUUUGUCAGGUUCCAGCAAAAGUAGGGUCUUUGUCUACAUUUAAAGCCAGGCUGAAUAUUUAUCCAACCUGUCAAUGUAUUGCGUCUUUUCCCUUGUUUACUUUUUAAAAAACGGAAUCAAGUGGUAUUGAUUUUCUGUAAAUGAAAGAAAAGGCAGCUUAUGGUUGAACGCUGUUUGUAUUUCUCCAGUUUCUGGCUUUGUAAAUUUGUACAUAUACAUUAAUAAAAUCACUUUUUAUACUUCAGAA